UAUAUUUAUAAGCUACGGAAGUGCACUGGUAAGCGAAGAGUGUCCCUGUUUUCAUGGCUAAAACGGCGGCCAAACCCGUUUGUGCACGGAUAUCUGGUUCAAAUGCUCCAUUCAGCUCGAAAUGGAAAGCUUCGAAAUGGUUCAAAUUACGGAACUACCCUAUAUCUUCAACAAUUCGAGCUUCUCAAUCCAUGGAUGACAAGAACAAGGUCUACAAAGAACUGGGUAUGUUUUCGUUAAGAAAGAAGAUUGAAGAUGCAGUUCUCCGUGCGGAGAUGUUGGCACCAACAGCAUUAGAACUUGAACAAGCAAGCCACAUUAAGCAGGAAGAAAUGAUACGGGAACAUAACCUUUGGGAUGACCUUACUAAAUCAAAUGAAAUGCUUGUCAAGUUAGCUGAUACAGCAAAGGUGGUUGAUGCUCUCAAGGACCUAACAUAUAAGGCUGAAGAAGUUAAGCUGAUCACGCAGCUGGCGGAGAUGGAUGCUAUAAAUUAUGGUCUUUUUAAGCAAGCGUAUACUGCGUCUGUAGAUGUAAACAAAUUCUUGGAUAAAUACGAGAUGUCUAAACUUCUUAGUGGGCCAUAUGACAUGGAGGGAGCAAGCCUGACAAUUAGAGCCGGAACUAAUGGCAUCUUCCAUGAGAUGUGGGCAGAACAACUCCUAAGAAUGUAUCUGAAAUGGGCUGGAAAGCAAAAUUGUGGAGGAUGGGUGGUUGAGAAAUAUCCUUCAGAGAAUGGUGGUUUCAAGUCUGCAACUAUUGAGUUCGAAUCCAAUUAUGCUUAUGGCUAUCUUUUAGGGGAGAGAGGUGUUCAUCAAAUGAUAAGUUCUCACGACGGACCUAUCCUCCACGAGUAUUUGCAGGCUCACUUGGCUGCUGUGGAUGUCAUUCCUCUAUUCCUUGAAACAGCUCCCGACCUACUAAUCCCUGACGAGGAUUUAAUGAUUUCGUCCACUUCAUCUUAUGGAGAGGAGCAGAGUCAAACAAAAUCUGCAGUUUGCAUCCAGCACAUUCCAACUGGCUUAAGAGUUCAAUCCUCAGGUGAAAGGAGUCAUUUUGCAAAUAAGAUGAAGGCGCUUAAUCGAUUGAAGGCCAAGCUUCUCAUAGUUCUGAGGGACCAAGGAAUUUCCAGUGUAAGGAACAUCGAUAGAGAUGGCAUUGUGGAUAUGUGGCACCAAGAGGCUCGAAGGUACGUGUUUCACCCAUACAAGCUAGUACAAGAUGUAAAAACUGGCAUCCAAUUGCCGGACUUGAACUCUGUUUUAGAUGGAAACAUUGAACCUCUAAUUGCAGCUAAUAUUAAUAGCAGACAGACAUGUGAAAUGGUCUGAAACCAGAUUGCCUAUGUUUAUUUGUCCUCUUGCAGAUAAUAUGUUAUGUAUUAUAUGAUUUUGAAAAUCAAAACAUAAAUCUGCACCUUGUGCCACCAGUUUAUUGUAACUUCCAUGAUGAAUCAAUUUCAUGAUUAUGAGCCACUGACUCCUGAUAUAGGAUAUCCACGACGAAAGGUGCCUAAUGGUUUUCCUCUGAUGUAUGGCUCGCUUCUCCUUACCAUAGAUGAAUUCAGACACCAUUUGAUAAAAGUUGUGUCUGGUUUAUCUGUAGCACUCAUGAGAAAGCUGUAACAUAUCAAAAUUUUGUUUUAUUGCUCUUAUCAGCAACCAACUUUUUAGCUGCCUCAAACAUUAACCAUUCUAACCUUGAAUUGUAAGUACGAUGUUCAUGAACUGCCGAAGAAAGAAUUCUUUUUAUUUUUUCGAGUUUCAUGUUAUUUAGAUAUGGAAAGAUGAUGGUUUGAAUC